AGCAUUCAUUCAUUCAACUUUGUGCCGCUCGAGCGUGCGUAUAUAGUUCCCUCUCAUCAGUAUCAGUAUCAGUAAAAGUAACAGUAACAGUAUCAGUUCCUUCGCGAGUACCUUCAAAAAAGAUACAAAUCGAUCCACGGUCGCAGUCACAAACAUUCGAUCGAAAGAAAAUCAUCUGAAAAGAAAACGGUCUACUACUCGAUUUCGAACUCGAAGAACGCGUAAUUCCAGUGUUUUCCCAUUGGUUAAGGUGUUUGCCUUAAAGUGAGCCAUAAACUAAAAACCGAAACCUAAAAGUCGGCGGAGAGGAAAAAACUAAAUAACGCCCACCGCAAAAAAACACCACCUACUGGUUACCCGUGGAAAAAGCUAAAAAAAAAAAAGGGGAGUAAAGGUGAAAUCACAGAGCGGCGAAACGAGCCAAAAAAAAAAGAAAGAAAAAGAAAAAUAGAAAAGAUAGAUAAAGCCGGAAGCGACGUUGCCGCUUUUCACCGACGACCAAUCCAAGCCGAAAAGCAGCAGCAAUUAACCGACGGGUGUUAUCUGGCAGAUAGCGAUUAGAGGAACUCAACCUGGUGGAAAUAAACCCCCAUUGAGUGAAAACGCACACCCCCCCACCCCCCUCCACCAAUUUGAGCCGACCAAAAAGAGCGCCAUAGAGAGGGCAGCGAAGAGCGGGAGUGUAGCCCACGGAAAUCACCAUUUGUCGAGAGCGGGAGUACUGAGUUUGGAGAGCGCCGAGAAUCGUACCUCGUACUGCCACUGCCACUAAAAAAAAAGCACUCAACACUCAACAAUCAACACCGAACACAAAACACUCAACUGCCAAGCAGAAGUACACAUAUCGCCUGUCAAAAUGUUUGCUGUAAUGCGAAUCGACAACGAUGACUGCCGGUCCGAUUUCCGCCGCAAGAUGCGUCCGAAGUGCGAGUUCAUUUGCAAGUACUGCCAGCGGCGAUUCACCAAGCCGUACAACCUGAUGAUCCACGAGCGCACCCACAAGUCCCCCGAGAUCACCUACUCGUGCGAGGUGUGCGGCAAGUACUUCAAGCAGCGCGACAACCUGCGCCAGCACAGAUGUAGUCAGUGUGUUUGGCGAUAAGCUAAAAUACCAUAUAAACAUAUAUAUAAAUAUAUAUAAAAACCACACACAGAGCAAUAUAUAAAGUAAAACCGAUAUCUAAGCACCGCAGCACCAACAACAGCACGCAAUAUCACAGCUAUAUCUUACACACACAUAAAAUGAAUGAAUGGGAUCUGAUGAGGCAACUGCAACAACACACCCCGCCUACUUCUUCAUGCACCACUCUUUAAAUAUAUACAUAUAUAUAUAUAUAUA